AUGGACGUGGUGGAUAUCCUUGAAUUCAAAGUCACCGUCCCAAGUUCCCUGGUGGUCACUCUUGGUCAGCCCGUGGUCUUGCCCUGCAGUUUCUCCGUGGGGAAUGUCUGGCAGCCUGAAAGCAUUGUGAUUACUUGGCGGCGUGGGCUUGAAGUUGUUCACAGUUUUUACCUCAAUCGGGACCAGCUGAAGCACCAGAACCCAAACUAUGUGAAGCGCACCUCCCUGUACCAGUCAGAGAUGCAGAAGGGCAACGCAUCUCUCCGAUUGGAAAACGUCACCAUAGAAGAUAGGGGGGAGUACAUCUGUUCCGUGAGCUCGCAACUUGGCGCAGGGAGGAAGAUCUUCCCUCUAAAAGUGGCAGCACUGUAUUCAGAGCCAGUGCUGCAGUUCUCAGUGCAGCCCGGAAGUGUGACGGUUCUUCUAACCUCAGGAGGAGGAUUCCCAGCUCCCACCUUGAGCUGGCUACAAGGCCAUGAAGACCUCACCAACAGCACAGAGACCCGUCUAACACGGGACACACUCUCAGGGCUUUAUAACGUGUCCAGCACCUUGACUCUCAAAGACAACUCCAAUGCCACCCUCAGUUUUAUACUGAAGAAUGAGGACCUGAUACAGGAGAUCAGGAGGAACAUAAGCCUGCUGUUUGGUAGCAACUACACCUCCAGCCACCCUUCUGUCAAACUCCUGAAAUGUGCGGAUGACACAACCCUCAUUGGACUAAUCUCCAAUGGGGACGAGGCUGCCUACAGAAAGGAAGUCAACAGCCUGGCUUUCUGGUGCAGCCAGAACCACCUGGAGCUGAAUGCCCUGAAAACUGUGGAGAUGGUAGCAGACUUCAGGAGGAGCCCAGCCCCAACCGUCCCCCUCGUCAUGUGUGACUCCCCAGUUAACACGGUGGAGUCUUUCAAAUUCCUGGGGAAAAUAAUUGCACAGGACCUAAGUCACUAUGACUAUGCAUUUGUGGAUGUCCAUGGAGAUUGUCUGUUGUAA